ACAAUCAUCUGGGCAUGCGCUCCUCUUUUGACCCUGCCCCUUCACCACUACCAUUAUGGCGGUUCCUGUGCGCCAAUUUCGACCAGUUACACACCUGAUAUUUGACCUGGACGGACUUAUUCUGAAUACUGAAGAUUUAUAUACUGAUGUGUUUGAAGAAAUAUGCAAUCGUUAUGGGAAGAAAUAUAACUGGGAUGUUAAGUCCCUGGUCAUGGGGAAGAAGGCUCUAGAAUCCGCCCAGAUCAUAGUAGAGUUCCUGAAUUUACCCAUAUCCAAAGAAGAACUAUUGGAAGAAAGUAAAGAGAAGCUGCAGAUGGUGUUGCACACAGCUGGAUUCAUGCCAGGAGCUGAGGAAUUGAUCCACCACCUGAAGAAACAUCGCUUACCGUUUGCCCUGGCCACGAGUUCCGAGACCGUUACCUUCCGAACAAAGACCAGUAGACACACAGGAUUCUUUGGUCUAUUUCACCACAUAGUUCUGGGGGAUGAUCCUGAAGUACAGAAUGGCAAGCCAGACACAGACAUAUUCCUAACCUGUGCCAAGAGGUUCUCUCCUCCCCCUGAUCCUAAAGACUGCCUCGUCUUUGAAGAUUCUCCAAAUGGAGUGGAGGCAGCCGUGACCUGUGGGAUGCAGGUCGUCAUGGUACCUCAUGAAAACCUGAGUGCAGACCUAACGCAAAAAGCCACCCUGGUACUGAGUUCCCUCCAUGACUUCAAGCCUGAACUGUUUGGUCUACCUGCCUUUAAGGAGUAAGGGUGAAGGGUGACAGUGCUGCUGUGGGCCUCAUGUAACCCAAGGUUGGCUCAGGACCCAUGUUGCUGAAGGAAAUCAACAGCAUCCAAAUUGUAACCUUUCUUGUCACUGUAGGUUAUAAAGUCAUGUGUUCC